ACUGAGACAUUACAGAACUGUGCGUUAUAGAAACGACACUUCCAAUUUGUGAAUUUAAAGAAACGGUGCUAUUUUGGGAUUAAUACUAAAUAGACAUUCUAGUGUUAACGUGUUAAGAUAAUUCUGACAGAUAGGUUCGAUGGUUGGACCUCUGACAAAUUAUCUUCAAUUGUGUUCCGUGCGGUGAGGCAUUAUAUUUUGGAAAUAAUUGAUAGGCGGAAGAUUUGAGAUAAGUUAUUGUAAGUAGCAUAAUAAGGACUUAUAAUAGUGAUUAGCAGAUAGAAGACACUUCUAUUGUGGUGACGUUGAAGUAUUUCAGUGUUAAUUAUCGACGACUAGCCACUGAGCUCGUACCGCGCUUUGCACGGGAAACAUAUAUUCAUUCAUUACUUUGCCACUUGGUGGGAGUUAGUUUCUUUAAACGUCACGCGUGCUCGUUGAUCAACUGUCGGUGUUUGGACUUUAUUUUCGGUGCUCGAACAUCAAUGAGGAUGAUGCGGUUACUUCCGGUUCUUUUGGUUGUGCUAGUGGUGGAGCAAGCUCGUGCAUCGUGGUGGUAUCUUGGAGUUCUGGGAACCUCUGGUAGUCUGUCCCGUGACACGCGACAGAUAUCCGACCCGGCGGCCGCCUGCGAUAACUCGCCCUACCUGGACGCGACACAGAGGGAGCUCUGCCGGAAGGAGAAACGCCUCCUCGACGUAAUCGGCGCUGGUGCUUCAAUGGGCAUCGAGGAGUGCAAGUUUCAGUUCAAGGGACGCCGUUGGAACUGCACGACGUUCAACAACACCGACGUAUUUGGCAACGUCAUCAAAAUAAAGAGUCGAGAGACAGCCUACAUUUACGCCAUUUCGUCUGCCGGCGUAAUGUACAGCGUCACCCGCGCUUGCGCACAGGGAUCGCUUGACGGCUGCGGAUGCGACGACACGGUUCGCGCUCAGUCUACGGAAGGGGAAUUCGAGUGGGGCGGUUGCUCGGAGGACCUCCACUAUGGCGCCAAGUUUGCGGAGGAUUUUGUGGAUUCGAAGGAGAAGGCGAAAACGGAAGCCGGGAAUGAGGCGACGGUGGAAGUGGACGCGGAAUUCAGCCUCAUGAAUCUGUGGAACAAUAAGGCCGGUCGAUUGGCCACACGCGAGGAAGUCGAUCUUGUUUGCAAGUGUCACGGCGUGUCCGGUUCCUGCUCGGUGAAGGUCUGCUGGAAGAAGAUGCGCCCCUUCCGGGACAUAGGAAACGCUCUUAAGGAGAAGUUCGACGGCGCCAGCCUUAUGAAGGUCCACCGCCGGAAGCUGAAGCUUCGCCCGAUCAGCCCCGACAUGAAGCGACCGACUCGCGACGAUCUCGUUUAUCUCGAAAACUCCCCGGAUUUCUGUGAGCCCAACAUAAAGAAGGGAUCUUUGGGUACACGCGGUCGCGAGUGCAACAAGGACAGCUACGGACUCGACGGCUGUAACUUGAUGUGCUGCGGUCGGGGUUACUACACCGUCGUGAAGGAGUUCACUGAAGACUGCGACUGCAAGUUCUUUUGGUGCUGCAGGGUGGAAUGUCAGAAGUGCACAUACAAGAAGGAGAUUCACUACUGCAACUGAGCAGUCGAUUAACAGGGCACUCAUAAUUACCUUAUAAUUACGGCGGAGUGCAACUGUCAUGUUGUGAUCUCUCUCGCAAGAACAUCCAGCGCGUGUUUUCGUUCGCAGCGGACUACUUUCGUAGAGGAAUGUGCGUGUAUAGACGUCUAUCACUCCGACUGGGUAAUUCUUGGAAUUACAACACACCAAAUGUGCUUCUUUUAAUAGACAGUGACUAUUUGCAGUGCGUCCUUCCAUUUGUGAUAGUAAAAUUUGUGGAAGAUGAACUCUUAAGCCUGAAAGCAGUGUGAAAUUAAGAUUGCGCAUGCGCAACGUGAAAUAUUUAUACACAUGGAAAGUAAAACGACAAUUUGCUACUCAAACUGGCAAAGGGUUUCAUUUCCGACUAAUUUGAAAUCGACAAAGCGACACCCUGUGUUUAGUGCUGGUCGGACGCUAAUUGAAAACAGCGCCAUCUAGUUGUUAGGCAGCAAUUUCGACAGGGUUUAUAGGGCCUAAUUAAAGGGUUCCGCAUUUGUGGCCACCUUGAUGUAUAUGUACAAUAAUUACACGCGUGUCCACUGUUUUUACUGCAAAUGACAUUUUGCAAACAGUAUUAGUGCUAUAGAAAUAUUUUCUACUUUCUUUGUUUAGAAUGCUUAUUCAUUUUCCACCAACCAUGUACUGAUUUCAUAAAUGUAUAUAACCAUCUUUCAUCUCAUCGAUCAUUAUCUGUUAUAUAAUAUAUUAUAUUGUUUGUCGUAAUUGUAAAAUAAAUGAAAAAAGCUCA